AUGGACAAGGAGGUUGAGGACAAGUGUAAAGUGUGUCAAGGAUGCCAACUAGUUGCUCAACCAUCCCCACCAGAACCCUUGAAGUCAACGCCCUUCCCAGACGAACCUUGGCGGGACCUGGCAGCAGACUUGAUGGGUCCUCUCCCUGCAGGUGAAUAUGUUUUUGUCGUUGUUGACUACUUCAGCAGAUAUUUUGAAGUGGACAUAUUGAAGUCUACUACAGCAACGAAGAUCAUCGAAAGCCUAGAUAACAUUUUCUGUACUCAUGGUCUACCGAUGACCUUAAGGACAGACAAUGGUCCACAAUUGGUGUCGGAGCAGUUUACAUCAUAUCUAGCUGAGAAUGGGGUAGUCCACAAAACAUCAACACCUUUGUGGCCCCAAGCCAACGGUGAGGUAGAGAGACAGAAUAGAAGCCUACUUAAAGUACUUAAGAUUGCACAUGCAGAAGGAAAGAACAUGCAUUCUGAGCUAAGAAUGGCCUACAAGACAACACUUCACAGCAGUACGGGUAGUACACCAGCCAAGCUACUCUUUAAUAGGGAAAUGAGAUCAAAGUUACCAGAGUUAAAAGAAACACUACCAGCCUACAGUGAAGCAAGAGACAAGGACACAGAAAMAWAGCAAAAGAGAGCUGAUYAUGCUGAUACCAGAAGAGGAGCUCAAGAAAGCAACAUUGUACCAGGUGACACAGUCUUGUUAAAACAAAGAAAAGAGAACAAACUGUCUACAACUUUUGGAAAGAUCCCAUAUGAAGUUACCAGCAAGAGCGGCAGUGAGGUGGUAGUAACCAAUCCUGAAAGAGGAAGUUACAAGAGGAAUGUCACAGAGAUAAAGAGGUUCUUCAAAGAUGGUGAUAGUGAAGACCCAGUCCACGUUCAGCCUAGUUUUGGGAGCAUCGAGACCCAACAGGAGAACUAUGGUACAGGGACUAGUGCGGAGACUGUUUUACAGCCGCAAGGCACUAAACAGGAGGUUCCUAGUACUCCAGCAAGACCCAAGAGAGAGAGAAGAUCACCAGAAUAUUUGAAAGACUACCAUUUAUAUAAGUGA